GCAAGUCUAGUAAUGAGUGUCUGAAGGGUUUUUUUCCGUGUGGAUCUCCGGAUAUUUUAUGACCGUCUUCGGACCCCGCCGGGUUACACCACGACAGAACGAACUCGUACGUCCGCGACCAGGGGGACCUCGCUCGCCAUUUUUAUUUCCUUUGACGAGACCGCGCUGUAUCGGUGUACGAGAUGAGUAUCGACACGCUGCUGGAGGCGGCGAGGUAUCUGGAGUGGCAAGCCCAGCAACAACAGAUCACACGUGAAGAAGAGGAGCGACGAGAGAAGGCCCUCCUGUCCCGCGGGGCCGAGCAGAAGAGGCCUGAGGUACCCGCCCCACCGGUUCAGGCAGUGCAGAUAAACCAUGUAACCUGGGCUGAGGAGAUGCGGCCAGAGCUCCAGCGCCACCAGCACCAUCCCCCUGCGCCGGCUCCGCCCCCUCCCCUCCCCCCACCAGUUCCCAUCACGGUCAUCCCCAUCCCCAUGGUUCCAGCUAACCCUGCUGCACCCCCCCUACAGGCCACACCAGCACUCCACACGGCCUCCCCAAUGCCAGUGGUAACUCCCCUGGCCACUGCUCUGUCACCUCCAGCCACCCCUCUGCUCAGCCCUACGGGGAAGGACACCCACUCUCCCCCUCAGCAGCCACAACAGCAACACAGGCAGCUGCUGAGCCACAUUAAGGCAGAGGCCAGCAGCUUGCCCCAAUCGGGAAACAGCCCUAAGCAGCAGCCGCAGGCCCUUCUGCAGCCGUACCCUGCACCCAUCAUCACCACUCAGCCACCAGCUCCAGGGCAGCACACCCUGCUGCCACAGCCUGCUCUGGCCCAGCCACAGAGCACUCAGAGCCAGGCCGCACAACCUGCACGGACCAAUGGCACACCGUUGGAGGACGCCCGCAGUCUAGAGGGGAAGAGGCGACCUGGAGGAGCUGGAACCAGGGAAGUGCACAAUAAGCUGGAAAAGAACAGACGAGCACAUCUGAAGGAAUGCUUUGAGACACUGAAGAGGAACGUCCCCAACGUGGACGAGAAGAAGACGUCCAACUUGAGUGUGCUUAGAAGCGCCCUACGCUACAUCCAGACGCUAAAGCGGAAGGAGAAGGAGUACGAGCAUGAGAUGGAGCGGCUGGCUAGAGAGAAGAUCGCCACCCAGCAGAGACUGGCUGAGCUGAAGAAUGAGCUGAGCCAGUGCAUGGACAUCAUGGAGAUUGACCGCAUCCUCCGCCAGACUGUCCAGCCUGAGGACGAUCAGGCCUCCACGUCUACAGCAUCAGAAGGUGAAGACAACUUUGACCAGGAAGCAGAGGAUGACAUUCUUUCCUCCCCCCGCCCCUCAGCUGCCCGACCCCAGCCGGCCCCAUCCGAGUCCCGCCCCUCCCUGCCAGUUCCUGCGCCCUCCUCCAUUCUCCCCUCACACAUCUCUGUUCAGCACAAGCCCUCAGUCCCUGCCUUGGCCACCCUGUCCCAGCCCCAGACCGCUGCUGUGACCCCUCAGGCCAUUGCCCCGGCUCCACCCCCUCAGCCCACCGUUAUCGCUCACGCCUCCGUUUCGCAUGCCUCCGUCAUCCAGGCCGUCAACCACGUGCUUCCGGCCACCUCCAAGCACCUGGCCCACAUAGCACCUUCAGGUGGCGGUGGCCAGCCUAUCGGACACAUCACCGUGCACCCUGUGGCCCAUCUCUACCCGCAGUCUGUGGCUGUCUCCCAGCCCGCUGUGGUGGGUCACAUUACACACACACUGGCCCACCACCCCCAGACCCAUGGGCAAGUCAAUGGCACACCGGCGGCAGCAGGCCAGCAGGGGGCAGUGGUGGGUAAGCCCACGGCGGUUGUGGCCCACCAUCACACAGGUUUAGUGGGGCAGACGGUGCUCAACCCAGUGACUAUGGUGACCAUGCCGCCUUUUCCUGUCAGCACACUUAAGCUAGCCUGAGGCAGAGGAGGAGAAAAUGAACUGUGUGAAAUGUUGCUGUUUUGGGUUGCAUGACAUCUCUUGCAGGCCAUGAUGAACAUCUGGAUGUUCCUCAUGACUGUACUGACAGUCAGAAUUGCACAGAACGUCUUGUGCAUGACUACAAAAUGUAAGAGUAGCUCAACCAAACAUGCUAAUGUAGCUAACAAUGAAUGGAAGCCAGUAGACAGAAUUAGGAUGAUAUAAUUUACACAAUGCUGAUUGGCAGCAGUUCACCUUUAUUUACUGUUAGAGGCCUUUAGUAUUUUUGACUAAGCUACUGCUUUAAAGGAGUAGGUCAACCAAAUAUGCAAAUUUGGCUAACAAUUUACUUCUAGCCACCAAUUAGUUAAUUAACAUAUUGCUAGUUAGUUGCUAUGUACUUUCAUUCAUUAUAACAACAUUAGCAUUUGUGAUUGCACUACUCCAUUAAGUGUGGAGCUGUAACAGAGGGGGACUGAAUGCAAAUGUUGAUUGCACUUACAAAGCCUAAAAGUCAUGAAACCCCUGGAUGUUGGUUCUUAAUGAGCAAAUGGAGCACUCAAAACAAGGCAUCUUUUCCUCCACCUCUCCGUCCUAUCUUCCUUCUCCUCAGAUUAACUAACAUGCUUAAACUUCUCAGGCAUCAGACUUUCUCGUCCAGUCACCAAAAAAACAUGACAAAAAUGUCAAAAAAGACAACCAACAAACAAGAAAAAUAGAGACCAGAGAUUUGUGGCAAAAUGGAAUGUUUGGCUUGCAUUUGUCUUGUUAUUAUUGCAGAAAUUUUUUAGUAAAAACAGACCUUAAACUGGGUAAACAGUUAAUGUAGACAUAAAUUAAAAAUUUAUACAUAUACAAGUGCCUAGCCCCUGGUCUUAAUCCAAUGGCGCCCUCUGCUGCCUAAACAUGGUUUGAGCUGAAUUUGCAGAAGGAUUACACGGCUGUUACCAUCAUGUCCUUUUUUUUUUCUUCUUUUUUUUUCUAAUCAGUGUCAUUUGCAGAUGAUCUUUUGCAACCAGUUGCUGCGCUUCAGAUACACACUGUCUGUGGAAUGAAAUAAAAAAGGAAACACCUAGAAAAGUCAGCAACAGGAAGAGGUUGGUUUGGGAACUUUCAAAGCAUUCAGGAAAACAUAUAUUUGGGCAUUUAUAACCACAAACUUAAUCCUGUGCUAAGAAUACAUUCUAGUGAUUAUAACAUUUGUGUAAUCACUUUAAUAUCAGUUGUUAUCAAUGCAUCCCAUGUGAUAAACCACUGAACUCUGUUUUCCAAAAACAAGUCUUCUAAUGGACACUGACUCACACAGAGAAGCAAUCUGAUGUCGUCGUAGUAGUUCUAGCAGUCAUAUGGAUGUCAGUAUAUAUAGGGUGUAUGUCUUUAUCUUCUUUGCAGAAUAUCCACCUGUUGCAUGGUCAUGUUUUAGUGUUUUUUUUUUUCUUUUUUGUUCUUUGGUGUGUUUGUAUACUUUGUGGUUUUGUAUGUAUGAACGUUUAGGCUUUGUGAAAUUUUUUUUUUAUUAUUUAUCUUCCACUUUGGGUUAAUAACCUGUAUACCAACACAUGUAUGUUUUUUUUUUUUUUUUUUUUUUUUCCCCUCGCAACUUAUCCAUGUCACACCCUUCUGUUGCUGCCCUACGGUACUUUCCAGUUAGGCUAGUUAAUAAUUGCAGUAAUCGCUUCUCUAUCAAAACUCUCACCCAAGUUUCACUUAGUGUUGCGAGUGCAGCAUAAAAACCCUCCGAAAGGUAGUGCAACUGUGUCUCAUUGCUACGUACUAUCACUUUCAACCAGAACACUGUGAUGCCCUGCUUUUAACUUCCAACCCCGCUUCCUACAUCUGAGCAAAUCUGAGGCUUUGGUUUACAUACCUAGAUGAGAAAGAUGAAAUUUUGUGCUUCUGUUCACUUUAGAUGUGAAAUCUUUUCCCUACAUUUGGUGACGGAAAGAGAGAAAGAGACAUGCUGUACUUUGUGUUUAGUAAACAACAAAAAAAACAUUAGCCUGAUCUGAGUAGUUUUUUUUUCUUUCUUUUUUCUUUAAUUUUUAAUAUGUCUAUGUAUGUAUGUGUAUAUAUAAAUAUGUGAUGUAUAUGCACGCAUUCACAUACGUGUGUGUAUUUUGAAGAUUAUACCGUUGCCUGGUUUUGCAUGUAGAUUGCAAUUUUUGGUUAUUGUUGAUUUCCUUCCCCCCUUAAUUUUUGGGACCAUGUUUAAUACUGUAUGAUGUGGUGGGGACCAUUUAGACCUCAUUCUACAUUGAUAUUAUAUAUAAAUAUAUAAAAAUCUGCAUUUUCCCUAUGGAGAAAGUUUAAGUUAUAUAUCGCCUGUACAUUUUGGGCUGCAUUAAAAUCUAAUUGUCCACCAUGUUUAAAAGAAAUAACAGUAAAAUAUGUUGAAAUAUGCUAGAUUAAUUAAAAACCAUAAUGACUAUUCAUAAUAAAUCUUAUGACAUUU